AUGUGGCUUGCAGUUCAAGGUCGUCUCCUAACUCUGGAUGGGAGAUCAAUGGCAAGACAUGAGAAUGUUUGUGCCCUUUGCAAUGUCAAACCGGAAUCUCACUAUCACCUGUUCUUCUCUUGCGAAUUCACAUCUCCAAUUUGGUCCUUCUUCAAGGCAAAGUGUAGGGUCACUAUUGCAGCCCUACCGUGGCCAGAGAUUGUUUUGGCAUUCAGUAACCAGUGGUCCUCUCCACCCCCAUUGAAUCUUCUUAGGAAGCUCUGCCUCGCAGCUCUGGUGUACCACAUUUGGGAGGAGAGAAAUGCUCGUAUCUUUCGUGGGGGCAAGUUAUCCCAAAAUUCGAUUCGAUCCAGGGUUUCCAAUAGUAUUACCUCAAUCCUGAAAUUGGGGAUUUUCAGGAACUCCAUCGCUGCUCAUCACGUCCUCAAGGACUGGGACCUUCCUCCCUCUUGUCGUCGUCCUCCGCCGCGGCCGCCGGACUGA